AUGCAACUAAACAAGCUCUUCUUUCCUAGCUCAAAGUCAACUUACACCAAAGUAUCCAUAUCACUUUUACCAAAUGUUGAACUACUCCAGAUUUAAUCAGGCAACUCAGAGUAAUGUUUUACAUGCAGUGUACCAUAAAAUCGUUAAGUUCCAGUUCUGCUAGUUAAGCAUGAGAACUUCCUAGAUGACCUCAAUAAUAAAUACAUAAUGUUUUUCCAUUCUAACAGUGAAGACAUAUAUAAUUGCUAUGAAUAUUUGUAUCCAAUCAUUUCUACAUUUAACGUAAAUCUAAUCUUAGUCGAGUAUCCUAGUUAUGGAAUCUACUAAAAUCAAUCAGCUUCUGCAGACAUCAUCUCUGAAGAUGCCAUAGCUGUCUAUUAAUAUUUCAUCAACAAAAGAAGAAUCAAAAAAGAUAACAUUAUUCUCAUGGGAAGAAGCAUGGGAUGUGGUCCUGCAUGUCUAUUGGCUUCCUUAUUCAAUCCUGCUGCUCUCAUAACGAUUAGUGGUUACACCAGUCUUAAAGAAGUUGCUCAAAGUUUUAUAGGAUCCGUGUUGGCUAAGUUGAUAGAUCAGAAAUUUGAUAAUUUAAAAAUCAUUUCAAAUGUAACAUGUCCCAUGUUAGUUAUACAUGGAUAAAAAGACUAAUUCAUCACGUGUGAUCACUCUAAAAGAUUGAUAUCAUAAACCAAAUCCAAAAUUAAAUAGUAUCACCUCUCUGAAAAUAUGACACAUAAUGAUUUCAGCAUUCAAGACGAUAUCAUAUUACCACUUAGAAAUCUAUUCGAAAAAAUAAAUUUUAUUUCAAUCCCCUAACCAUUACCAAAAGAGCAAAAUUCCCUUGGAAAAAUUGUUUUAAGAAAGCAGCACUCCAAAAAGCAAACUAAUUUAAUUCUUUGAUCUGGUUAUUUUAUUUUUGUCCUAUUUUUAA